AUGAAAUAAGAAAAUAGUUAAGAGAAGGAGGCAGAUAAAAUGUUCAAGAAAGGAAAAGAUGCGUAUAUAUUAUGCUAUAUAUGUUUUUAGCUUAACAACUGGUGUAUUUUAAUGGAAAAAGGAUUAUAAUUUAGGUGCUAUGCAAUUUGAGGAAGCAGCUAAAUUAUAUAAGGAAUGCAAGAAUUUUAAAAAAGAAAAAGAGGCACUUAAAUUUGCUAUUGAAUGUAAUGAGAAAUUAAAUGAUACUUGGGCUGUGGGUAGAAAUUAUGAAGCUCUAUUGAAUUCUUUGAUUGAUAAUUCAAGUGAUGAUUAUAAAGAACUUGUGGAAUGGACAUAAAAGGCAGGAGUGUAUUUUAAAGUUUCAGAUUCAGGAAUGAAAUCUCUCUAAGUGUUAAAUAAAGUAGCAAAGUAAAAGUGAUAGAUUUACCUCAGGUAUUUAAACAAAAGACAACAAUUUGAAUUGUCAGAGAAAAUAAUUUUGGAAGCUUUAACUGAAGCAGAAGAAUUAUAGGCUCCAUCUACAAGAACUGAUAUAAUUUGCUCAUAUGUAGAGAUAUUGAUAGAGACUCAAUAAUAUCAUAAAGUGGCUGAUUUGUAUAUGAAGGAGAUAACAAAGUUUAGAGAAGAACAUAUGAAAUAUCCUUUAAGUCAAUAUGCUUUGAUUAUUAUUGUUAUGUACAUUUUAUAAGAUGAGAUAAUCAGAGCGAAUUAAGAAUUAGAGCAAUUAAUUAUUUAGUAUGAUUUGAACAUUUAGAAUAUAUUAGAGUGUACAAUUUCCAUAAGUCAUCAGAAUUUAGAGCAGUUGAUCAGAUGCUAAACUCUUAUGAGAAAGGAGAUUAGAAUUAAUUUAAUGAUGCUGUAAUGAAAGCAUGUGUGACAUCAAUAUAUCCUCCAAAUGUAAAAUAUAGAAUCUAGACAAUUAGAUUGUAAGAGCUUUGAGGAAAGUAAAAGUAAGAGUGAUAAAUAUUCAUUCAAAACAAAAUAUUAAUCAAUAACAACUUGAUUAAGGAAAUGAAGAAAAUGACUACCAAUAAGAAUUAGAAAAAAAGAUUCUUUGA